AUGGUUUCCCUCCUUUUGAUUGCCGUCAUUGGCAUCAUGACUGUCCUCGGCCAAGUUUCCUACGGCGCGGAGCAGUUCAAGUACUGGGGCUGUGCGACUGUUGACGCCGCCGGAUUCAGUGCCCCUGUACAGCUUCCUAAUGGUGUAUUGAGUCCUGAAUCAUGCCAGGCCGUCUGCGCAGGCCACAUGUUCGCUGCUGUUUCUCCCGAUGGUUGUCGUUGCGGAGACGAUCCCAAUGCCAUCAAGUCGAUCGACGAGCACUCUUGCAACUAUCCAUGUUCCCAAGACCCCAACUCUCCAAUGUGUGGUGGAAUCUGUCCACAGGGUACACCCGGCAUUUCGAAUCUGUUCAUCAUCCAACCCGCGUUGUUGCAGACUCAGGAAAUUGUACCCGAGCCAAGCAACCCAGCGGAUCAACCUGUGUCAUCUAACAAUGUUCCUUCCCUUGGAACGCCAGAGGCAUCAUUUGAAUCAGAUGCGCUUCCAUGGGCAACAACUAUGUCACCGCCAAAUUCGCCUACUAUGAGUGUCUCGUCCACCUCUACUAUGUCACCGCCAAAUUCGCCCACUAUGAGCGUUUCGUCCACCCUUGCCAUGUCACCGCCACAUUCGCCGCUUACUCUGCCUCAAAGCGAGCCUCCGAUGGCCUCAGCAGGAGAUAUUCAAUGGUCGACACUAGAGGACCCCGGGUUUCCGCUCGAGUCUCAAACAGUUCCUGCCACAAGAGAGACCUUGGUGACGGAGACUGGACCUGAACCCGUUCCUUCCGUAGCACCCAGCCUCGUGGGCGUGUCAGACUCAGGGCACUUGGAGAUCCAGAUGCUAGUUAGCCUGGGCGAGCUACUUCUAAUCGCCGCCGUAUUCGUCUAG